CUGAAAUGAUGAAUAAGUACAACAAUAAAAUGAAGAAAUUACUCAGAGACAAGAGUGAAAAAGAGCCAAUUAAUACUGAUAAUGACUGUUUAAAGCUUGAAAGCAAGACAGUUUGAAAGACAUAGCUUUAAACAUGAAUUUUAUUGUAAAAAGAGUCAUUGCAAAGUUCAAAAAGAGCUUGCCAAGACAAUAUGAUACUUUAGAUACUCACAAAAUAAGGGGAUUACCUGAAAGUAGGGAAGAAUUUUCUCAUAAUCCUGCUGAUUUAUCAAUAAAGCCGCAUGUCGUGAUGGUGCCUCCUCAGUUAGAUUCAAAAUAUCGUGCAUCUCUGGAGAUUCUAAAAGACACAGAAAGGAAUCUAGAAGGCUCUAAAUUAUUUUCGAAAGGCCAAUGUUGAGUUAAAAGCUCAGAAUGGAAAUCUUAUAUUUACAAGGCUCUUGACUACCAGGAGUUGGUCAAUAAGGAUUCGAGAUUUUCAGAAAUAAUAUGUAUUCUCCAAAUUUAGCCAAAAUAUACAGAGCAUUGUCAUCCUGUAUGCGGCAAAAGAGAAGUCGCUUGACCAGUAUAUCUGAUUAGAGAUAGAAGUGAGUUAUAGAACUUAGUAGUCAGCAUGAAGGUAUUUUUAAAAGGAUCUGAGUUAUUUUCAAGAAAAGGACAGCUGAGUAUCAAAGCUCGCAAGGAACUUUGCUGAUACAAGCAUCUGAGUUCAAAGAGAUCAAGGCGUCCGCUAAGUCAAGGCUUAUGCAGAGUCUCCUCAAUGCCAACAAAUUAUUAAGAACCAGAAUCGUGACGAAAGGCAUCCUUGCUUAAGCUCAGGAUGAAUAUUUUCUAGAUUGUAUGGAAAAGUACAGUUUCAAUCUACAGAUACACAAGUG